CAUAACCUCACGUAAACAAAAAUCUGGAUUUAGGUAUUGUACAUUAAUUGCCGCUUAGAAGUGUGAAAUUACCUAAAAAUCACAAGUUAAUAAUAAAAUGGCUGAAAAACCUAAGACAAGUGGUGGCAAUGAUGGCAAAGAAAAGCGCCGCAAGGAAUCUAUCCUGGAUCUUUCCAAAUAUUUAGAAAAACAAAUUCGAGUCAAAUUUGCGGGAGGUCGCGAAGCUGCCGGCAUUCUUAAGGGUUAUGAUGCCCUAUUAAACUUAGUGCUAGACAAUACUGUUGAGUACCUGCGUGAUGCAGACGAACCAUUCAAGUUGGCCGAGGAUACGCGCAGUUUAGGUUUGGUGGUAUGCCGCGGGACAGCGCUAGUUCUCAUCUGUCCGCAAGAUGGCAUGGAAUCCAUUCCGAACCCAUUUAUUACACAAGAUGCGUAAAUUGUAUAAAUGUCGUUGCUUUUUUAGUAACUACUGUACUUUAUAAUUUAACUUUUUUAAAGUCGCGAAAAUUUGGUGGCAAAAAUUGUAUGCCCACUAGUAGUGAAACAUUGUACAUAUAUAAAAUGGAAAAAUGAAAAUGUUUAUGCUGAUAAAAA